AUGGCCCCAAAAUCAUCUAGCGCCACCGAACGCGCAGUCGAUUUAGACUCUCUGCACGAGACGCUCUCUGCUAUCCUAGAUCAAGCGCAGUCGUCCGUCGCGAAUCACCGCAAGAACUGCGUAGCAUUAUACAAGUUGCAUGUCGCCGCAGGCGCCAUAUCUCAACCGGGAAAGAAAGGCUCCGCACCGAGAUACACUGGGGAGCAAGCGUUUGGGGAUGUAUUCAUGGUGCUGAUUGGGAGGGUGCUGAUGGUGAAGAAGGGCUUGGUGGUUGGGGAUCGGAUAGUCAAGUUCGUUGGGGCAUAUGCAAAGUUCAUCAACGAGAAAGCCGCUGAAGAAGCAGCAAAGCAUCCCGAUGCUGACGAGAAUGACGAUACUCUAACUUCACGAUUCCUCUCCCGGCUGCUCACAUGGCUCUUCGACGGAUUCCUCGCCAAGAACAAAGUCGUACGGUACAGAUCCGUCCAACUAGUCUCGGAGAUGAUAUCGCACCUGGGCGAACUCGACGAAGAAAUGUAUACGACGUUGCGGAGCCAGCUCAUCGACAGGGUCAACGACAAGGAGCCAAUAAUCAGGGCACAUGCAGUAAUCGCGCUCUCCAAACUAGUUGGCAGUGAAGACCCCAGCGAGCUCCCAAACGACGAACCCACGAUCUUGAUCACCGUGCUUGAGGUCCUUUGUGGUGACCCCUCGCCGGAGGUCCGCCGCGCCGCGCUCCUUAACAUCCCCCUCACUGCGGAGACACUGGAAGUCAUCCUGUCCCGCACACGCGACACCGAUCCGCUGACACGCAAACUUGUGUAUUCUACCGUACUACAAACGCGGCUCACGCAUCCCCGGCAGCUGAGUAUCGCGCAGCGCGAGCAGGUGGUGAAGCAUGGGCUAGGAGAUAGGGAGCCAGGGACACGCCUGGCUGCUGGUAAGCUGGUUGCAAGCUGGUUGGACGCGGUCAUGGUCGAGGGGGCGGAGGAGAGGGACGAAGACUCGUGGACGGGAGAUGACGGGGGUGUUAUGCGGGGCUUCGUUGCGUUCCUCCGGAUAUUUGACGUGGUUGGACCAGGAGAGGAAGUCGCUGUUGAUGCCGUACAAUCGAUUUUCGUCACCAGGCCAGAAUACCUGGAUAUCUUCGCGUUUUCCGCGUCAUACUGGAAAGGCCUCACAGCCGAAUCAGCCGUCCUUGCGCGUGUGUUCAUAGAACACUGCCUGAAAACCAACGGCGAGGCCCGAUUAGAGAAUGCCAGCGUCCCCGUGGUCACCGAGUUCGCGUUCUACGUGCAAGAAGUGUAUAACGCACUCCUGCGGUUGAUGCAUGAAGAGGCAGAGGCGCGCACCCUGGAUGAUGAAGACGAGCGGGAACGCGAUGAGCGGGAGGAACUUAUGGUUAAGAAUGAGGUGAUCUUAGGGGAGCUGCUAGCGAUAGCUGUCAAGUUAGAUUACGCGGAUGAGAUUGGGAGGAGGAAGACGUUGAAUGUGGUCCGCGAUAUGCUGGCGCACCCUCAGCUUCCGGAAAGCUUGAUCCCGAAAUGCAUGGACGUGCUUCAAGCAAUCACCCCCUCGGAGCGUGAGCUCAUCCGUAUCGUCGUCGAGAUUAUCAUCGAACAUAGAGACGGGGACGAUGACCAGGUCGGCGGGCUGGAGGGUAUGACUUCAGUAAGCGAAAGUCAGUCGGACAUCACACAUUCAACGAUCAGACGCGAGAAAUCCAUGCGACGUACCAAAGGCCGAGAUGACAUGUCUCCAGAGGAAGCCUUGGAAGCUGACGUUAUAGAUCUGCGGUGUCUGGCACUGUGCAUUGCCAUGCUUGAGCGUGUCCACGGGGACUUCGACGAUAAUUCAACGCUGCAAGGGAUCUUGGGAGACCUCAUCAUUCCUGCUGUGAAACGCAAAGAACUUUUGAUGCGCGAGAGAGCUCUGAUCAGCUUGGGUCUUUGUUGUUUAAUCGCGAAGAACAUGGCACUGGGCUCAUUCCAGCUAUUCCUUAACCAAGUACAGAAUUCCCCCGUUGAACUAAGGCUGAAAGUUCUGCAGCUGGUGUUCGACUUGCUGGUAAUGUACGAGCACGAGUUCUUUGGACGCCCGGAGAUUGCCGACAGGAUCAUUACAUUUCUGCUCCAAACUCUGGAAACGGACGAAUCCCCUGUCAUUCAGGCAGUACUUUGCAUAGGGAUAUCGAAGCUACUGUUGGCUGGCUUCGUCGAUGAUCCUAGGGUUUUAACCAGUCUCAUACUGGUGUACGUGUCGCCAGCGACGGCAGACAACCACGAGCUCCGGCAGUGCCUCUCGUACUUCUUCCCAGUCUAUUGCUACUCCUCCACCGACAACCAGUGUCGAUUGCAAUCAGUAUUCAUAUCGGCGUUCGAUCAAGUAGUUCGAGUGCACGAAGAGCUAGACGACGAUCAAGAAAUGAUAACGCCCCUUCAGUUCGCUUUGCUCCUCACAGAUUGGCUGGAUCCAGAGAAGACAGCCGCUGCCCAAGGGACGAUAAAGGCGGCUUCCUGGAACAUCCAUAUGGAUCUUGCGGUCGAAGUCCUCCGCGUAUUGUUUGAUGAAGAGCGAACAGCUGACAACCAGAAGGUCCUCUGCCAACUCCUCAGUCAUUUAUCGACGAAUCCCGAAGCGAAUUCCCGUUCGCUGUACAAGCUGCAUAUCCUUUUGUAUUACCUGGAAGAUCGCCGCCUGAUCGAUAAUAGUACCACAGAGAAGAUGGUGACCCGGUUUAAAUCUCGUUUCCAGAAAGCGUUUGGACACACGGUCGGCGAGAUGGAGCCGGCGCUGCUGGACGAAGACGAUUUCCAAGAGCUAUUCGAGUAUAUCGGUGCGGAACCGGAGCAGUACUUGCAACAAAUUGAGAGAGAGCGGGACAAUCGACCAUCCGCCUCCGCGGUUGACGAUGAGGUCGAAGAUAACCAAGCGGACUCUGCUCCAGAUAUGGAGUUGGACGAGAUGCCUAGAAGCCCAACAACUAAACCCGCCAGGAAGAAGAAAGCGACUACUACUAGAAAGGUUUCUUCUGACUCGUCUGCUAGUGACUCCCCUUUGAACGACCCAGAGGUUGGGGAUGAUGCCGAUAGCGACAGGGAACGGGCGGAUACGGUUUCAGAAUCGCCUCAACCAAAGAGCCCGGGUAGCCAGCGGGGUGCGCCGCCUAGCAGCGUUGACAUUCAGGCAGCGCCUGAAAGGGGUUGGGAAACCGACGACGACGAGCCCUCGGCGGAGUCUGACAACGAAAGGAAAACUUCUGCGAAACCAAUCGGAAAGAUUGUCGCAAAUGGCAGCAAGCAUAAGCCAGUGCGAGGGAAAACUACUCGUAAAGCCCCUCCAGCUUCGACCUUCCCCGCCCCCGAAGUUGCGGACGAAGUCCCAGUAGUCCCAGAGCGAAAGGCUGGCCCUCGACCACGUUCACAACCUAAGCGGAAUACACGGUCACAAGGCGAUGUCCAAAAGGCUGCUAAACCGUCAAGUUCUCGAUUAUCAGAUGAUGUGAGUGUGGCCGCCCAAGAGACUCCAGCUCAGAGUGAUGCCGAAGAAGAUAUGCACGAGGUACAGCCAGUACCAAUUACACCGAUGAAGAAACAGCCUAAGCGGCUUCGUAGUCCUGGCGCCAAACAAGCUAUCAUGUCCCCCGUCCACAAGCGGCCGAGUCGACAAAGCAGGCAAGCAACGGGCGCAGCGAAGAGUCAACGCAGCGAACGGCGCGCCGAUGAUGAUGACGAAGACGACGACAAUGAGGAUGAAAAUGUUAGCGAAGGGCCGACAAGGUCUCCAACUCCUAGCCCCGUGAAGAACGGUGGCCGCAGUUGGGUGAAACGCCCGCCGCGUACUGUGCCAGGUAAAGCUCAGACUAAGACGCGGAGUAGGAAGGUUGUGGAGGUUUCCAAGCCUGGAGCAGUCGCUUCUCGGCGGACUCGGGCACAAGCGAAGAGUACCUAA